AAUAAUAAUUUAUGCGAGACAAGCAGAAUAAUCGUAUUAUUUCUGCUGACGUUACAUUCUGUUUGUUAAAGUCAUCUUUGCACGCUCAAACAACAGAUGCGAGGAAUGCAAGCAGGAGAUGCAAAAUCAUUGGAGAAGUAAAAGGAACGCUCGUGAAAGUAGAACGCGAGAAAAAGGAUCCGAAUACGUGCAUGGAUAUAUCUAACGGUAUACAAAUUGACAGGAUCAAGAGCAACGGUUUAUUGUCUUCGUUAAAUUCAAGCAUUCACGAUGAUUUAUCGAAUAAUUUAAUGAUGGACGAGACGACGAGUAUCCUUUCUCAAAAUAAUAACAACGUCAUAGAAAUGUCCCAGAUCCGGUUAUAUCGGAUUAAACGGAAAUUGGAAAGUCUCGACAAAGUUUUACGAGCGUACAGCGUAUUGGACUCAUGCGUUACGAGAAAUAUCGAAGGAUCGAAAGAAAAUGGCAACGACGAGAUCCAAACGAUUUAUCAAAACGUCGUUGAAAUUCUCGACACGUUAAAAUUAGAAAUUAAGAAUAUCAACGAAACGAAAAGAAAUAAGAUUUUAUUAAACGUUAAGGAAUAUAACGACAAGAUGCUGCAAACGAAUAGCAGCGAUUACGAAUUAUAUGAAAGUAUCGAUUCCGAGAAAAGUUCCUCGAUUUCUAUGAAAAGUUAUUCCGAGCCAUUGAUCGAUGAUCCAUUAGAUUUAGCGAUCAUUGAAAGGAAUCAACGAAACGAGGAACGAUCGAUUAAAACUGACGCUUUGUCUCGAUCUAAUCACGUCAUAGAUCAAGAAUCUGUUUUAAAUGAUUUUCAAUUGCAAAAGAAAAAAGAAUUAUCAGACUUUUCUGUUUCGUUGGAAAUCGACGAGGAUCCAUCGAUCAUUUCUACGAACUCCAGUCAGGUGGAAAUAUCGAAGGAUAGCGAUUUGGAAAACAAGUCAACAGAAAUGUUAAUUCGUGAAGCUUUAAAAUGUAAGAAGGAACUUUUGUCGCGAGUGAAGUUGCACAAGUUUUACUCAAAUGUCGAGAUAAGAAAAGAACGAGAAGAAAUUACGAAUAAUUUCAAGGACAUUGAUACUGGCUGGCUGGACACGGAUAAAAGUUUUCAGUCAAAGUUAUUGGACAUCAUCACCGAAGAAUCUACUAGUAGUUGUACCGACAAAACCAGCAGAACUUAUAUGUUUCUUCAGAUGAAGCAAUCGAGCGAAAUGUCUGACGAUGGUUCUUCGUCAUCACCGAACAUCGAAAUAAACGAUAAAAACCAAGAGAAAAAUGUAUAUAACGAAUUGAAUACGUCGGAGGUGUAUAACUUGUCGAAAGAAGCUUUACCCAUUGUCUCUUCUCAAUACUUUAGUUUCAACGAUCUCUCGAUCAUUCCGAAAUAUCAAAAUAUUAUUUUGCAAGAACUUCCGAGUGAUUUUAAAUCGUCGUUAUUGGAAAAGAAUAAGUCGAUAAAAAGUGCAAAUUCAUUAUUAAAGGGUAAAAGAGUAUAUGGGGAAGUUGCGACGUGGGAUGACGAUGAUAUCGAUGACGAUCGAAAACGACAUUGUCAUCGUGACGAGGAAGAAAAAAAUCGUUUAAUAUCUUACGGGCGAUUACGUAGAGCUAAAAGCGUACCUAAAUCCUUUAACAAAAAAGGUAUUAAUAAUGUUCAAAGAAAUACGUUCAAUGAAGUUAUAUUGAAAACCAUGAGAAAUAUGAAUUCUACGGAAUUGUUUCGAGAUAGGCGAAACAAUGGAAAUACUACUAUUUUUCAUGAGAACGAAAACGAAGGAAUUAUCUCCUUUGGAACGGACGAUUUAUUAUCUUGGAAUCGGACCACCGAUUCUUCUAGCGCUGGAAGUACAAAAUAUCAAUUUACUAUCGAUAAUGGAAGCAUGACUAACUUUUUCUCAUCUACUGACUCGAAUUUAGAAAUAUACAACAAGUAUUCAUCGAUCAAAGAAAAAGAUGACGCUCUUUACAAUCAGGAUUUAUCAUUGAGAAGACGUCCGGGUAUCCUAUCGUUCGGUCAAUUAAAAAAAAUGAACAAUUUAUUCAGCAAUGAGAACGAUAUAUUCAAAAAUCCAUACUUCCUUGGUGAAAAGGCUCUAUCGGAAGCAACGUGCGGCGAGACCAUCGAACUUAAUUUAAUUCCGAUAUCCGUGUCAAUUGAUUCGCACGAAUCUAAUAUUUUUGCGGUAACCCAUAGCAAAAUCUUCGAUGAUCUGAACAACGUUUCUUCCACAUUGCAAAUAUCUUAUAAUAAUGAUUUAGAAACCAGUAAUGUCACUGAGAUCAUUGAAAAGGAGCCUGAUAAAAAGGAGAUGUUACAAAUAAUGCCAGAUAAUCGAAAGGGUAUACUUUGUAUUUCUGAUCGUACAACGAACUUCGUUAAUAUAAAAAAUGAUGAAAGAAAAAAUAUUCAAAGGAAGGGAAUUUUAAAUGAAACGAAGCAAUCGAAUAUAACGAGAUCUCGAUCGAACGUUAUCGCUCAAAAAAGUAGCUCUUAUAUCACGGGCGAUACUUCGAGUUCCAUGAGCAAGAUAGAUUUUCAAUCCUGUGGAGUAUCCGAAAGUAAUAUUAGCGCGAAUUCUUCUUUUAAGGAAAUAGAUAUUAAAAAUGAUAUAUUAGAAUUGUGCAUAGAUUCGUGUAUCGAUUUAUUAAGGAAAAAAAAUCUGGAUAAUAAUGAAUCAUUGCAAUUGAUGGAUGUAGCAUCAUGCGAAUGCAAUUCCAACGAUAAUAAGACAAGUAACGAAACAUCUGUCUCUUACAUCGAAGCGAACGAUUUUCAAUCGUUCAACGAGAUUGUACCGCACGAAGAAUCGAACGUGAAACAAUUAAAAAAUAAAUCUGAAGGAUUCAUAUUUGACGGAAGCAUCAAAUACAAGAAACCAUCACCUGUUGAGGAACAAAACGUAAGAAGAAAUUUACGUGCGAUUAAUUCAAAUUGGUCGAAAUCUAAAAGGACGAAUGUCGAUACGAAAUCGAAAGAUUCGAUAAACGUCGAUAAUACGACGUAUACGAGGAGAAAAACAACGAAUAGUAAUUCACAGUUCAAAAUGAAAAGUAAUUUAAGUAUAAUCGUUGACAAAGACAAUGCACCAAAUUCUACAAGACUUUACACGAGACCGAACAGUUGCAAUUUAUCUCAAGAAAGAUCUCAAUCUUAUGCAGGUUCUUAUAAGAAUGAUCUUUCAUCGCGUUCUGCUGUCUUCCCGCAAUGCGAUGAUCGUAAAUCGACGAAAGAGGAGGAACCGAAAAAGGGCAAAGGUAAAUUCGUCAAAACUGAAAUGCAUUCCAAUUACGCUCUAUCAUCAACUCCAAAAUCAUUUUCGAAAUCUUGCAUACCUAUAUUGAAAAGUCGAUUGGACGCUCGAAGAACGGAACAUAUAUGCCGAUCAAAAAGUCCAACGAGGGGACCUUUAACGAUGACAGGAUUAUGCAGAGAUAGAAUAGAUAAUAACGAUGAGAAUGUCAGCGAAGUCCACGUAAUUCCAACCGAAGGUAGUUCUAUUAAUAAAGAAGAUUCGCAGAAACAUCUGGAUAACAGUAAAACGACGAUGUUCGAGGAAAGAUAUAAAACGGAAUCAUCCAAAGAAAAUACAAACGUCAUCGAUGAAAAUUGUAGUAAGAACGUGUCUCGCGAACGGACGAUAAUAUACGUGAACAUAAUUAACCAUCAUGAUCACAAUGUAACAAGAAUAUUGGAUCCUGUAAAAUUUCUCGAAUAUACGAGUAAAGGUGCACCGAUUGCACAAAACGUAAAUGAGCCAGACGCAAAAUUACGGGACAAUGUGUCAUCGUCUUCCGUAAUAAUGGCGCAAGAAAAAAAUACAUUGCCGAAACUCAUAACCAUCGUGUCGUCCUCCUCUGUCAUGAACGAAACCGAUAACGAUGAAAAUGAUUCUUCCAAUAGUUCGUCGAAUCGGCACGUAUCCAUAGGUACAUUAAAAAAUUUCUGGUCCGUUACCAUUCAACAAAAAGAAAUGGAAAUUUCGGUGAAGCCAUCCGUUACAGACACGAGCACGUCGAUGUCCGACUUUUUAAAUAUCAGCGAAAUAAUCCCGUUGCACGAGCAUCAAAUAUUUGGCAUGCCAAAGGAAUUAACCAACGAGGAGUAUUCUUACUUGUUCGAAAUUCUUUCUCGGAAACAAAAUCUCGGCCAUUUAAAGGAGAUACAAAACUUGUGCAAUAGACUUAGGCUAAGGAACAAAAAUUUCGAGUGAUCUUAUCGUCGAUCGGCUUAGACAUUCAUUUUUCUUCUUUCUUUUUUUCCUUUUGUAACUAUCCUCGAACUUUGACGUUAUCUUUUAUCAUAUACUUCUCUAUAUAUAUUUUCAUUGUAUAUAUAUAUAUGUACUCUUUGAGAAGAAAUACACUUCCUUUUUAUAUUUUUUAAUCUCUUUCAAAUAUAAUCACAUUGAGAAACAAAU